AUGGGCGGGAUAGCAACCCGGACGACCUGGGCGACGGCGCUCUCCCUGAUCCUCGUGGUUGGACUGUGGUGGCCGGGGCUAGCGCAGGCUCAAGGCGUUACCACCUCCGACCUCGAAACCGCCGCCGGGAACAACUCCGAGUGGCUCAUGUACGGCCGCGACUACCUCGGCCAGCGCUACGUGGAGCUCGACCAGAUCACCCCGGACAACGUGGAACGACUGGACCCGGUGUGGGUGUUCGCGGCCGGCGGAGCGAACCGGGGUCUCGAAGCCACCCCGCUGCUGCACGAGGGAGUGAUCUACCUCUCAGCGGACGAAUCGCGCGUCUUUGCGAUCGAUGCGCGCACCGGUGGCAAGAAGUGGGGCUACGACCCCGAGAUCGGCUCCGACGUGGAACGGGUCUUCUGCUGCGGAUCCAUCAACCGCGGCGUGGCGCUCUACGGGGACCUCGUGUACGUCGGCACCAUGGACGCCCGGCUGAUCGCGCUCGACAAGGACACCGGCGAACCAGUCUGGGAGGUCGAGGUCGCCGACUGGGAGCACGGCUACAGCAUCACCGGCGCGCCGCUGGUGGUGAACGGAUUGGUGCUCACCGGAAUGGCCGGGGGCGAAUACGGGGUCCGCGGGUUCGUGAAGGCCUACGACGCCGCCAGCGGCGAGCACCGCUGGACGACCUACACCAUCCCCGGACCCGGCGAACCCGGCAACGAGACCUGGCCGGGCGACACCUGGAAAAACGGCGGCGGCCCGACCUGGACCACCGGCGUCUUCGAUCCGGAACUGAACCUCGUCUAUUGGAACACCGGCAACGCCGCCCCCUGGAACUGCCACGUGCGGAAGGGCGACAACCAGUGGACCGCCGCAACCAUCGCCAUCGACCCUGACGACGGCAGCAUCCGCUGGGGAUUCCAGUACACCCCCUGGGACUGCUGGGACUACGACGCGGUCAGCACGCCGGUGCUCGCCGACGUGACGCUCCCCGGUCACGGCCCGGUCAAGGCGCUCUUCCACCACGACAAGAACGGCUUCUUCUACGCGCUCGACCGAACCGACGGGCGCUUCCUCUACGGUGACCCGAUCGUCCCGGGGAUCAACUGGGCCCACGGGCUCGACCCCGAGACCGGCCGACCCGACGUAAAUCUCGAGAUGGUGGCGGAGUCGGGCGGCCCCGAGGUGGGACCCAUCAUCCCGAGCCUCGAAGGCGCGAUCGACUGGCAGCCGCUGGCCUACAACCCGAAUCGCCAGGCCCUCUAUUUCAUGUCGAACCAGUGGGCGAUGGGCUACCGGUUCUGGGAGGAGGACCAGUUCGAGCCGCCGACGCUCGGCGAGUGGUACCUCGGCGCGGACUACCAGCAGUACCUGACGAGCGAGAACCCGGGGAACUUCGUCGGCUUCGACGUGGUGAACCGCAAGGUGCUGUGGCGGGUGGUGAGCCCGGCGCCCUUCUGGGCGGGCGCGGUGGCCACUUCCAGCGGACUGGUGUUCACCGGGGACAUGCGCGGCUACUUCAUGGCGAUCGACGCCGAGCGCGGCGAGGUGCUCUGGCAGUUCCAGACCGGCUCGGGAAUCAUCGGCAGCCCGAUCACCUACGAACUCGACGGCGUCCAGUACGUGGCCGUUCCCUCCGGGGGAAUCGGCGGCGACAUGACGUUCUAUUACACCGAGCCGAAGGCCGGGAACCUGUGGGUGUUCGCGCUGGACGGCGCCCGCCCGGUGCGCGAACAAGCGGGGACGAAUCUCGUCACGCUACCGGGCGGCCUCCCGCGGGUGGGCGAACCGGGCGCCACCCUGGGUGGCCGCGUGCUGCCGGGGUAUGGAUUCCCGGCAACGGAAGGCAGCGAACCGCUCGCUACGAACACCCCUGCCGCGCCGGCGCGGCGCCGGCGUCCGAAGGAGAGCGCGCCAACCCGCUUCUCGGAGACGAAGAAGCCGUAG